UCAAUUUAAAAAUAGACAGUAGUCAGAGAUGAAAGCUAAACAAAACGGAUUUGUUUCAUGUCGUACCAGAAGAAAAUGUUAGAAGCAGGUCAGUGUUAUGCUGAAUCUUAUUCUGAAGCGAUUCCGGAGGCACUGUUGUGUGUUUUCCGUGCGUAAAGGCAGCUUGACAGAAGUGCCGCUGGAAGCUGCCAGGCUUCUAUCUGUCUCGCAUUUACCGUCUUUCUCAGCAUGGCAUCUCAAGAGCUGGCAAGAAAGCUGCAGUCGCGGCUGGCCGCUACGCAGGAAGCUGAGCUGAGGCCGGAGCCCAAACAAAGCCCGGUUCGACCCAAACCGCAAGAACCCGAGGCUGCCUGUGGCGAUUCGUCCUCCGAGCUGUCUGCCAAACUGACCCGUAGACUGGACAUCCAUGAAGGCAAUGCUGCUCCUCGAGCGACCCGCGUCUUUAACCCUUACACGGAGUUCAAAGAGUUCUCUCGCAAACAGAUUAAGGAUAUGGAGGCGAUGUUCAAACGGUAUGACACUGGUAAAGACGGCUUCAUCGACCUAAUGGAGCUGAAGCUGAUGAUGGAGAAGCUGGGAGCUCCUCAAACCCACCUGGGCCUAAAAAAUAUGAUCAAAGAGGUGGAUGAAGAUUUUGAUGGCAAACUGAGUUUUAGAGAGUUCCUGCUUAUCUUUCGGAGAGCGGCAGCUGGAGAGUUGCAGGAGGAGAGUGGUCUUAUGACUCUGGCCAGACUGUCUGAGAUCAAUGUCUCCACUGAGGGAGUGAUGGGGGCCAAGGACUUCUUUGAAGCCAAGGUGCAGGCUCUGUCUGUGGGCAGUAGGUUUGAGGCUGAGAUUCGAGAGGAAAAAGAAGAACGCAAGAGACAGGAAGUGGAGAAAAAACAACGUCAAGCUGCUUUCAAGCAGCUGCAGUCCACCUUCUGCUCAUGACCCUCUUCAGAGAGUACAUCACAAUGCUGACAUGCACAAGUCAUUGAAAUAGUUCCACACCACUUACACUGUGUCAUUUGUCAGAAUGGGGUACUUUAACAAAAACAAAAAAAAAAAACCUAGACAGUUGUUUGAAAGUAAAUGCUCACUAAAAUGCUUGAAAAUACCUCAUGACACAUCACAAGCAAGGUUCAUUCAUUCCAGUCUUCUGCAGCUAUCUUAGAACAAACAUGAGGCAAAAACACUGCAUCAGAUGUGUAUUGAGAUACCUUGUGAUCACUCCACGUUCUUGGGAAUCCGAGUACAUUUCUGUGGGCUUGUUCCUCGUGUCCCUGUUUUUAUCUCCCUGAUUUUUGGUAAGCCUCACAGUGCUAACACAAUCAGUGUCAUUAAGUGAACAUCUACUCUGCAACUUGCAAUGUAACAGAAAUAGUAUAGGAAUAGGUACAUCAUUGGUAUUAACAUAACAGUGUGGAAACAUUUAGUGGUCCUUGUACAACUUUGGGUUUUAGUUUGACUUUUAGCCCAGCUAACUAGGUUAUACUGUCCUUGACUGCCAACGACUUUCAACAUUUGAUAUCAAUCUCAUGUCUGCAUUCAGUACAGAGCUGGUGUUAGGCCAUGGUAACUCUAGCCUAUGUUUAUGCUCAGCUAGUCUAUGUUAAGCAAGGCCAGCCUAUGUUAUGUAUGGCUCACAAUGGCUACCAGAGGGGAAAAUGGCGAGUAUGUCUAAAAAAUGUCUUUAGCAAACUGACAUAUUGCAUCCAGUCUCUUAAAUAUGUGUACAGACCGAAACUAAAAAUAGCUAAAUAUUUUUUGUUUCAUAGAAUAGUGUAGGCUCUACACCCGACAACUAAAUAAGGAGAGGGUUUAGGCGAGAGGGUGUCGAGCUACCCUACCUAGGAUUCUAUCCUAAAGAGACCACUGGAUGGUGCGGGCAUGGCUGGUCUGUCAGAUUGGUCACCUGACACAACAAGACUGCAAAUGUAGUCCAAACAUGUAGAUGUAGUCCAAACAAGGUAAAACAAUACUAUUCUUAUUUAGUUGUCAGUUUAAAAAUAACGCUGAGAAAUGACAAAAUGAGAAUAAUACAAUGAUUUUUUUUUUUCACUUCUGUGCUGGAACCUUGUUGAUGAACACAAACUUCAUAUCAGUAGCACCGCAACUCCUUCUGAAAGCUCAAAUGUUAAUGGCUACAUUUCUGUUUACAAUGGGAUACAAUAGUUAACCAUUGAACUUAAAGGUAUCAAAAUAUUUUCUGAUGUUGGACAGAGGAAGACUGUUUUCCAAUCACCUUCAGUGUUUGUGUUGCCACAUUCUGACUCCUGCUCUGUGCUCAAAACAGAUUUGUGAUUUAUAUCUCAAAAGUAAAGCAAAUCAACAUUUAGCAAAAACAAAUCUUUAAAAUCUGUCUAUUCUUGCAUAAGCAUAGGUCAACAACAGCAGACUUUAUUUCAGCCUCAUUAAUGAAAACGCACUAUCAGAUUAAAGAUGGACAGCUUAAAUUUAAGUAUGCUCACCUAUAACACCAAGGAUUCUCAACCGAGUUUUGAUUUAAAUUCAAGACAUAAAUUGAAUUUACUCAUGGCAGUUGCAAAUGGACUGUUAAGUGUUUCUGUGAACUUGAGUACAGUGUAGUUUUCAUUUUCGACAGCAUGCAGAGCAGGCAGAUUUUAUAUGAUAGAGAUUCUAAAAUAUCUGAAUUCAGUUUAGCUUUUUUUUAUGUUUAGCUAUUUAUUUGAAAUAUCCUGCAGCCCUGGGUUAGGGUUAGGGUUAGUUACUGACCGAAGAUGUUGGUAAUCUUGAGACGAAAGUACUGGUGUGUCCGCUGGUAUAACUUCUGACUGUAGACCUGUGGAUCAUGAAUGUAACAGUAGUCCUUCAUCUCAUUGAGCUAGAGAUACAGAUUUCAGAGUGACAUCUUUGAGUAAUUUUAGAGAAAGGUACGAUAAAUACCAUCAAAUCAUUGUUUGGACAAUUUAUUUAGAUACUUAAUAUGUCUGAGAAACUAGCUUAUGUGAUGAAAUGUAAAAAAAUGGGAUGCCCGUUCCAUGUGACCAUGUAGUUAUUCAUGUGCUUCCUCUAUCGACUGCAAUUCAGUUCUGCUUCUGUAACUUAAAUUAUGUGUGAGCAGUAUCCCAAGUAUAUGCAAAUAAGCAAAUCACAAGCUCUUAGCUGGACUGUCACAAUCCAAUCUCAGAAGCUGUUACCACAUGUAAACAGGUGAUUACGCUGUUUACACUUUGAUUUCAGAUGCUCUCCUGAAAGGGGAUUCAUGCUGUAGAUUGCUAUGUGAGCGCUUACUUACAGCUUGCCACAAAGUAAUAUAUGUAGCAGUUCCCACAUACAGCUGUUGAAGUUUCAGAGUGUCUUGCACGGUACUCAGAGUAAAGCUGACUGUGUCUAAAAACAAAUUUCAGCUUUUAUCAAGCUGUUUGCCUAUGUAUUUCAGCUUUGUAUCAGAUGGACAGUCUUUCAAUGGUGUAGCCUCAAAUCUCUACCUACUGUUCUACUGGCGCAGCACUGGAAAAAACAUGUGAGCACAACAAAGGUGGUGGCUGUUAUUAGUAGGUUUGCUGUGCAGCAUUGUGGAGAGCAUUAACACAGGAAGUGGUCCUUGAUGCUGGAAGGAAUAACUCAAUAUUUUAGAAAAUGUCACAUGGGAACUCAGAGAUUCAGGUGCAGACAGCAAGGACACAGCAGACGAGCAAAUUCUAAUAAAAAUAAUUGUGCGGGAUACAGAUAACACAGGAUACCAAGGGGAAUACCAAGAACUGAAGGCACUAGGGAGACAGUGCAAGACUACUGUGUGGGAGAAUAUGAGGGUACACUUGAGCAAGAAGUGACUACAUGAGCUAAGCUACCAUCAACAUGUAUUCAAUAUUACAACUUAAGGUUAUCAUGGAAUGCAAGACUAAUCAGUACUUAGUAAUACCAAGCUAGGGAAGACCAUCAACAGGUCAGAAAUGCACUCACGGUGCAGUAACAGAAAAACAAACAUAUAUCUUCAUAGAUUGCAGACACAGUGAAACACUACUGUGGAGGAUAACAAGGGACAGUAAGCACAAUCAAAGAAAACACACACCAAGGCGGGAGGGAAUGCAGGAGGAGGAGGAGGUGUGUGGCGUGGCAGGAAUGGUCUCGAGGAUUAGGAAGGUUAGUUGGAGUCAGACAGGGAGUGACAGAGAACUGUAGCAGAAAGGAAGCCAGGUUAUACACGGAGCAAACGCAAGCAAGAACGGAAUAUUGGCCUGGUCAGUUCAACAGUCUGGUGUGGAGGGGUGGGCUGAGCUCAGCUUUUAUGGUUAGAAAUAAUGAUGACUUGCAGGAGAGCCACUCUCAGCCACAACUGUCCAUGAUCAAGUGAUUAUCCAAUGAGAUGACAUGGUACACACAUUCCACACACACACUUCACUCACACCCACAGGAAAAACUGGAAAGGAGAGAAAGGAAAGGCUGCCACUAAACUAAACGGAGUUAGCCUAGCCAACCCAUGGCAACGAAUUUAAUUCUCUGCCAGGGUGGGUCUAAUUACCCUCGGUAAGCCUCAAGGUUGGAUGCUCCUAAAACUGGCCGACGAAUCACCAUGAAGUGUAGAGUCAGAAGGCGGGCGUAACUACGUGACGACAGAGGCGCGACGAUUCUGACAGAAACAACCGGAAACAACUAGCCUAGCCGCGCUAGACCAUAGAUAUAUACAAACACUAGAUGUCUCAAGGCAGAGUCGGCAGCAUCGUCACUUGGUGGCCAUCUUUGGACAGGGGACUGCUCUGGCGCACUGUACUGUAGUCAAUGGUAAGGUGGAUGAUUUCCUCACUUUAACACUCAUAACUCGCUCAAUUCUUGAUUGAUUUACAAACGGUUUAGUUUAUUAUAAACCUUGUUAACGUGGCUAUGAUUCAGGCUAAAUGUUGAAAUCGCAGCUUUUCGUUUUGAAUAAUGCGCCAUAGUUGUGUGUCUUUUCUGCCUGGCUACUCAAGGCUGAGAACAUAAUCUGAUUUUCAAUUAUUAGGUUUUCCUGAGACCAACGUUUUUUGAGAACCUAAUCUUUAGGCGAAAUGACGUUCUUUGUGGUUGUGGUUGUAUUUAUUUGUUUGUUAAGAGACUUUGAUUGAGACCUUGGACUUAUUGUUUGUAGAUACCUAUGCCUGGAUUAGUUAGCCUGCAGCUGAGAUGCAUUGUGGGUAAUGUAGGCACCAGGUUCAUGAAAAGAAAAGACAACAUCUCUGUUUGUUGUGCAUUGAUUUUGGUUGAGCUUUGAUUUUAUCUGUGCAUUAGAAAGCUGAUAGUAAUAAAAAAGUGCAAUGCUAAAUAUUAAAAUUGCAUUUACAUCCAUUUAUGCUGAAAAAAGAUGAUAUCUGUGUUCAUUUUUUAUUUUUUUUGCAGUGGCAGCCUGAAGUUUAGAGAAGUAGAAGGUCCUCGCUGCAAUCCUCAAACCAGCAGCAUAAAGUUCUGAAGAUUACAACAUAAGUAUAAACCAUAAAUUAAGAAUAGUAAGACACUAAAUAACCUUUGACUACAAAGACAGCUAGCAUAGAAUUUUCAUGUCCGAGAUUUAGAAAUAAAUAAAUUCAAAAGCUUAACAUGAUGCUGUGCAGCUACUUAAAGAUAUUGGUCAUCAACCUUUAAUCUUGUUUUUUUUAAGAAGGCUAGAUUUACUUAAAAAUUGCCCACUCCAUUGUUGUAACUUCAGUCGGUUAUGGAACACUGCAAAAAUCCUGGAAAAUGAUUAAUUGAAAAGAGUGGGAACCCUGUUAUUAUUUUUCUUUAUUCAUUAUAUAUUUUUUGUUCAAAUGUCAUUAUUUGUUUUUUUCAUUUUAGCAUUACUUUUUCUUAUUUAUUCAUCAUCAUUUAUUUAUUUUGUCUAUUUGAAUAUUGUAAAUAUUAAGGAUUGACAGUAUAAUAUCUCUGUGUGUAUAGCUAUUUCUUUAUUACCUAUCUACUUAAUAUAAUUUUAUAUGAAUUCAGUGGUUUUAAUUAUUCUUAAAUAAGCAGUAAAAGAAGUACAUCUCUGACGUUUAUAACAAACCAAGCUGUUCUAAAAUCGGUUGAAAAUUGAGCAAUCUACAGUGAUUUUAAAAUCCAUGCUCCAUUGACUUUAAUGCUAUGAGUGAUCAAGCAGCCCUGUCCCAAGAUGACCGCCAUGUGGCGACAUCGCUCCCCAUAGGCUGACAGCGCUCACGAGCCAUCAAGUGUUUGUAUAUAUCUAUGUGCUAGACAACCCACGGCAACGAAUUUAAUUCUCUACCAGGGUCGACAACAAAAACGACAACAGUCGCUGAGCUCCAUUAGCACCGACUCUGAAUAAUCUUUCUGUUAACAUGUCUGUAAUACAGUGCCUUGUGAAAGUAUUCGGCCCCCUUGAACUUUUCAACCUUUCGCCACAUUUCAGGCUUCAAACAUAAAGAUAUAAAAUUUUAAUUUUUUGUCAAGAAUCAACAACAAUUGGGACACAAUCGUGAAGUGGAAUGAAAUUUAUUGGAUAUUUUAUACUUUUUUAACAAAUAAAAAACUGAAAAGUGGGGUGUGUAAUAUUAUUCGGCCCCUUUACUUUCAGUGCAGCAAACUCACUCCAGAAGUUCAGUGAGGAUCUCUCAAUGAUCCAAUGUUGUCCUAAAUGACUGAUGAUGAUAAAUAGAAUCCACCUGUGUGUAAUCAAGUCUCCGUAUAAAUGCAUCUGCUCUGUGAUAGUUUCAGGGUUCUGUUUAAAGUGCAGAGAGCAUCAUGAAGACCAAAGAACACACCAGGCAGGUCCCAGAUACUGUUGUGGAGAAGUUUAAAGCUGGAUUUGGAUACAAAAAGAUUUCCCAAGCUUUAAACAUCUCAAGGAGCACUGUGCAAGCAAUCAUAUUGAAAUGGAAGGAGUAUCAGACCACUGCAAAUCUACCAAGACCCGGCCGUCCCUCUAAACUUUCACCUCGAACAAGGAGAAGACUGAUCAGAGAUGCAGCCAAGAGGCCCAUGAUCACUCUGGAUGAACUGCAGAGAUCUACAGCUGAGGUGGGAGAGUCUGUCCAUAGGACAACAAUCAGUCGUACACUGCACAAAUCUGGCCUUUAUGAAAGAGUGGCAAGAAGAAAGCCAUUUCUCAAAGAUAUCCAUAAAAAGUCUCGUUUGAAGUUUGCCACAAGCCACCUGGGAGACACACCAAACAUGUGGAAGAAGGUGCUCUGGUCAGAUGAAACCAAAAUCUAACUUUUUGGCCACAAUGCAAAACGAUAUGUUUGGCGUAAAAGCAACACAGCUCAUCACCCUGAACACACCAUCCCCACUGUCAAACAUGGUGGUGACAGCCUCAUGGUUUGGGCCUGCUUUUCUUCAGCAGGGACAGGGAAGAUGGUUAAAAUUGAUGGGAAGAUGAAUGGAGCCAAAUACAGGACCAUUCUGGAAGAAAACCUGUUGGAGUCUGCAAAAGACCUGAGACUGGGACGGAGAUUUAUCUUCCAACAGGACAAUGAUCCAAAACAUAAAGCCAAAUCUACAAUGGAAUGGUUCACAAAUAAACGUAUCCAGGUGUUAGAAUGGCCAAGUCAAAGUCCAGACCUGAAUCCAAUCGAGAAUCUGUGGGCAGAGCUGAAGACUGCUGUUCACAAAUGCUCUCCAUCCAACCUCACUGAGCUCGAGCUGUUUUGCAAGGAAGAAUGGGCAAGAAUGUCUCUCGAUGUGCAAAACUGAUAGAGACAUACCCCAAGCGACUUGCAGCUGUAAUUGCAGCAAAAGGUGGCGCUACAAAGUAUUAAUGCAAGGGGGCCGAAUAAUAUUGCACACCCCACUUUUCAGGUUUUUAUUUGUUAAAAAAGUUUAAAAUAUCCAAUAAAUUUUGUUCCACUUCACGAUUGUGUCCCACUUGUUGUUGAUUCUUGACAAAAAAUUAAAAUUUUAUAUCUUUAUGUUCGAAGCCUGAAAUGUGGCGAAAGGUUGAAAAGUUCAAGGUGGCCGAAUACUUUCACAAGGCACUGUAUACUUGAGCUUCACCCAUUGACUGUAUAAAUAAGGCUUCACCGAACUACCGCAUCCUCUGAUUUCCGGUGCUCUAGGAACUACGUCAGCCUAUUCGUUGCGCUGAUUGGUUGUAUACCUACCCAAUUGCUGCAGAGUGAUUCGAAAGACAACCUUUUAGCCGGCCUCCCUCCCUGUCGAGAGUUCCUAGACCCUUGUGUCUUUAGAGCAGGGUCUCGCGCGGCUAGGCUAAAACGGAGUUGGACUGAACAGGAAAUUUGAUUAUUCUUAUACCAUGAAACAGUGAGGUGAGAAUGUUAAUUUAUCUCAUGUCUGAGUGUUCAGUCAAAAAAAUAGCAUAGAAAACAACCUGGUUCUGUAUGACAUGAAAACAAAUCCAUUAGGACCCCUUAGUAAUACUGUACCUUGUUUGCCAUUUGUGUGUGGAAUAAAGAAUGUUUAAAGAAACAUUGCUGCUCUGGGGGCAUUAUGUGCAGAAAGUGUUUCUUUAUGAGCAGCAGCUGUCUGCUUACCAGAGGGAAAUUCUGUACCAAAUCAUGUAAUAAUCUGCACUUUUAUGGUUCCCCCAAACUGUUGGGUAGAUCAAUAAAUAGUAUAGCACAUCAUGUUACUUCUCCGUAAAUAAAAUGUUUCUGAUAAAAGACAUUAAGCGGUAGACAGUGAACUUUAGAGGUGAUGAUUGGUUUUUGAAUUGCUCAGACAAACCACAUCAGUCUUCAUAUCUCACUCAAAGAAUUUUCCCUAUAAAAUGUUGAUUUGUUUCUGUUAAACAAAAAUUCUGUUAAUGUAGCAGUGGACAGUCUGCAGUGACUAUUUUUGAUCCAGAAAAAGAUGAUGUGGUCCUCUGAUUUCCGGGAUGAACAUGUCAGUAGGCUUUUGUAUGUGUGCGUAUGCGUGUGUAUGUUUGUGCGGUCACAAAUAUGCUUAACAUUUGCAAUACACCCAACUUAAAACAUGACAUUUCCAUGUCUAGAAUCUGCUCUGCCCUGAGCUUCAUCACCGCCUACGUACUUUGGAGUUUGCUGAUUAAUUAUCCCUGUGUCAGUUGAAUUUUGUAACUUAAAAUGGAUUCAGAAAAAGUUAAGAAGCUCUGACCUCAGCAUAGCUUAUUAAAAAGCACAGUUCAUGUUUCCAGCCCUUUUCUUUAGUCUGUUUUUUUAUACCAUGUUCUGGUUGUCAUAUAAAUAAUAUACUGUGUGUAUCGCAUACCUUGCCCAGUAUUUGUUGUGGAAAUGGACAAUGUAUUUUUUCAUAAAGAAAAUAGCCUAUAUUGUUAUUGUUUAAAUCGAGACUUAUGCCAAAUUUAAAAGAAGUCAGUAAAUUAUAUUUUUGGGCACUUGUUCUACUCCCUUUCACAAUGUAAAUGUUUAACUUAAUCGUAUUAAAGGAAAGGGUUAGAACCACUUCAACCACCAUAAAUAUGUAUCAUUCUUAGAUAUUAAAAUAAACUGUAGGGUGAAGCCCAUUGCAACUUGCACUUUGCAAGAGCCUGUGGUACCAGGUGGACUGCUGGUUCAACACAAGAUUGAGCAAAACUACAAAUGACACAUCCAGGUCAUUUAUAGUUUUCAGUUUUCCCGAGCUGAACCAAAUGUAGGAACAUACAAAUAAAUUAACUUUCUGCUGUGAGCUAAUAGGUCUAUGAUGGACCACAUAUAUGAUCUAAAUAAUUAUUGCUAUUAUUUCAUUAACACUUAACUGUGAAAAUGUAAUCACUGUUAUGACAGUACAAAUGAAACAGGAUAUUAAUGCUUUAAAAAUACCAACUAAAGAGAAAGUGGAACAGUCAUCAUUCCUCAAAGCAUUCCCAUAUCAUUUUUUGCAGGAAAAAUUCCAGAGUCAUUGUAGUGUCUCUGUUGAUCUUAAUGUCCGGUUUAUACGGUCUUCUCCUCCUCAUUGUAGUUGGAACUGGGAUAUGUGACAAAACAUGUGCUAUUAAACCCAAGAGGUAUUAGAUCAAGGUGACUUUAAUGCCCAUCCAUUCAUUAUCUAUACACCUGUUGUGGGAUUUUAAAAUUGAAGAAAUCAACAACUAAAAGAGGUAGAUUCAUGUACAAGAAUGAAUAAUCCUAUAUGAACUUGUAAAAUUACAACCCAUAAAAAGUGUAUAAAAUGCAUCAAAUAGGGCAGAAGAGAGAUUUGAGAGUGAAACCUGGGCCUGUGUGUGUGUGUGUGUGUGUGUGUGUGUGUGUGUGUGUGUUUUAGCAUUUGCUACAUUGUGGGGACAAAAUGUCCUCACAACUGUAGGAAAUUCAAAAACUAGGUCACUUGUGGGGACAUCUUUCGGGCCCCACAAGUUUGAACAGUGUUUUCUUGGCCAUGUUGUUGUUAUUGAAAAAAGUAAAAGUGCAAAAACGUUUCUUUAGGGUUAGCCAUUGUUUUGGUUAGGGUUAGGGUUUGGUUAGGGUUAGGGUAAGGGUUAGGGGUUAGAUAUGAAUGGGAGUCAAUGGUAAGUCCCCACAAAGAUAGAAAAACAUAGUGUGUGUGUGUGUGUGUGUGUGUGUGUGUGUGUGUGUGUGUGUGUGUGUGUGUGUGUGUGUGUGUGUGUGUGUGUGUGUGUGUGUGUUUUGGGGGUUAGAGACCCCUGAAUUCCUUCGGUUGGAGGCCCAGGGAUUAGAGACCCCUAAAUUUUGAACUGCCCUCAGAAUCAAAUUCUGGAGUAAUAUAAAUUAAUAACUGUUGCCAUGAUGACCUGACAAGCUAAAACACAAACCUCAGCAGAAUUUUAGGAACACACUGGUGGACGUCUAAUAGAUGUUUAGUAGAUGCAGGUGGAACACACUAAGCAGGCCUCCCUUGACAACAGAGGGUGAGUGUUACUAUAUUGUAAUUUCUUAGCACGAUUAGAUUGCACCCUCAGAGAUGAAUAUCUUCAAACAUAAUGAUAAUAAUAAUAAUAAUAAUGAUAAUAAUAAUAAUAAUAAUACCUAUCCUCAUUGGUUUUUAAGAUGAUGGGUUGUGGUUUUUCAGGAUGGAAGGAGAGUGUUUAGAAGUGUUUUGCAUCAGUAUAUAAGAUGAUGUAAUGCCUUGUGUAAUCAGUUAAAAUCUCAGAAUUUUGUUGAUGUUUGUUCUAACUUCUUGUAUUGAAUAAAAAAUAUUCACAUCAGA